UUCCGAUUUAUUUCAACUCUUUUGUCAUACACCUUGCUUGUGCAGCAUGGACAACGCAAGAAACAAGAAGAAAGAACAAAACUUUUAACAGUUUCUUCACAUAAUGAAAGAUUCAUAGUAGAGACCAAAGAAAGCUACACAAGCAAUUUGAUAUUCCUUGAAAGUUCACACGUAGUUUUGCUAUUAAAUCCUUGGCCCUAACUUGGGGGAAGAGAGAGAGAGAGAGAGUUGGAGGGCAAAAAGACCUAUAAUCUUCAUAUUCUUAUGCUUUAGAGGGAAUCCUGCAGGUUUCUUCUGAGCUUGUCAUUCCUGAAAAGAAACUUGUUGAAAGAUUGCCAGAUGUGCUCAACAUUUUCACUUGCAGCUGCUAAGCUUUGCUGCAUAAAAUCAAAGAAAGAGAGAAAAUUCUUGCAACCAAAAUUCAUAGUUACAACAAGAGCAAGAUCUCAAGUGAUUACAGCUCCAAAUAAAUCAUCAAGCGUCGCUACUACUACUACUCAGUUACUAAAACAAGGCAUUCCUCAUUCUGAUCUUCAUGUACGCGAAAUUGUCGAGAGACAAUCUCAGGCUUCUACCUGCUUAGGCCAGCAAGAUGCCUGCAGAAAGCCAGAGUUCCAUCCUUCGUAUCUUGAUGAAGCCUAUGCAAGGUGCAGAAGCAUUUGCGCCGAAUACGCCAAGACUUUCUAUCUAGGAACUUUGCUAAUGACAAAAGAGCGACAGAAAGCCAUAUGGGCAAUUUAUGUCUGGUGUAGGAGAACAGAUGAACUGGUGGAUGGUCCUAUUGCUGUCCACAUGAGCUCUGCUGUUCUUGACAGAUGGGAAGAGAGACUUGAAGACAUAUUUGAUGGACGCCCCUACGACAUGCUUGAUGCUGCUCUUACAGAUACUGUUUUCAAGUUCCCUCUAGACAUUAAGCCUUUCAGAGACAUGAUUGAAGGUAUGAGAAUGGAUACAAGGAAAUUUCGGUACGAGAAUUUUGAAGAGCUGUAUCUUUACUGCUACUAUGUUGCCGGAACUGUUGGUCUAAUAACUGUUCCAGUAAUGGGAAUAGCACCAGAAUCUUGUGUUUCUGCUCAAACUAUCUAUAACUCAGCACUUCAUAUGGGCAUUGGAAAUCAGCUCACAAACAUUCUGAGAGAUGUAGGAGAGGAUGCUUUGAGAGGAAGAGUUUAUCUUCCACAAGAUGAGCUUGCACAGUUUGGAUUAUGCGAUAAGGAUGUUUUUGCAAGAAAGGUGAGUGAUGGAUGGAGAGAGUUCAUGAAGGAGCAGAUUACAAGAGCAAGAUACUACUACAAUCUUGCAGAGGAGGGAGCCUCACACCUGGACAAAGCUAGCCGUUGGCCGGUGUGGUCAUGCUUAAUGUUGUACAGAAAAAUCUUGGAUGCAAUUGAGGAUAAUGAUUAUGACAACUUGACAAAGAGAGCUUAUGUUGGAAAGACUAAGAAGCUUCUCACCUUGCCCUUAGCAUACACUAAAGCUCAAUCACCACCUGCCCUGAUCUUCCAAUAACAUCUUCUGCUAGAGUGAAAAAAGUAAAUAUUUGAUUACUGAAAUACUAUACUUCAAGUGUGGGUGUUUGCCAAUUUGAUUAUUGUUAGCAUUUGAGACUUAUGACCUAUUGCAAUGUAAUUUCAUUUGCUGUGUAGAUCAAAUCCACAGAUUAUUUUGUUUUCAAAUAAUUUCCUUCUUUUAUUUUAAAAGAAAAAUUAAAAAAAUAAGGAAUAUAAACCUUUGAAAUGGAAAGAAAUGACUGCAUUGUAAGAUGACAAAAAAUUUUAUAAUUAGCAUAGCUCAAAGUUGAUCCUUUCUCGUAAUCCUUACAAUAAGAAACGAUUCCUACUGAAGUCAUGACGUUUCUAUUUUAAAACUUGCUAAUUUUACUUUUUAAGUUUUGUUUGC